AUGGACGAAGAUAUUGACAUGGAUGCUCCUCAAAUCUCUACCCUCCGUGAAGAAGCCACUCCACCACCUCCUAAAGUCAAUACCACCAGGCGAAUAAAGCUGUUGAUUAGCAAGCCCAGUACUCCUUCGACCGCUCCGCCGGCACGCCAACAACAGCCGCAGGUUCAACGGUCUAUCCUUGGUGACGACGACGAAGAGGACGAAGAGGACGAUCAGGAGGAUCAGCUCAUUGAUGAUGACGACCCCAUUCGACCCUCAGAUCUUCCUCCACCGCCUCGUCCAGCUGUCGAGUCUUCAUCGGGGUCACCUCCAAAGAAAAAAGCACCUCCAAAGAGAAAACCCAGGAAAAAUGAUAAACGCCCACCGGAAGAGGGAAGAUUGAAAGAGAAAGUCAUGCAGCAACCCGGUGCGCCGAAUCUUGCGCCUACAUUGUUAUGGUUUGAGGCCAACCCUUCCAAUUUGAAUAAUUCGGAAUCACACGAUGCAGGAUUACCUUCUUCUGAAGGAGGGCAGAUUACAAUGCUAGGCCCUGACCAGCCGCUGUCGUUAAAGAUUAGCGGAAAGAAAAAGGCACCGGCGAAGAAGGCAUCUACUCAGAAGAAGCAGCAGACCAAGACGUCUAGUGCGGCGGUGGCUUCGACGUCUGCUUCUGCUCCCCCUGCUACCAUAAAAACAACGAAAAUCAAGCUUCUACCUCCGCCUAUGCCUGAAGAUACAGGUAUAUUAUCCGAAGGAAUGACUGGGACAGCGGCCUCUUCCCCGGUAGCCGGACACUUCGACGAUGUAGAGGAGACACCAGAUCCCGAACCACUAGCACCCAUACCUCCCGCCGUCCAAAAUUCUGUAACAGAAGAGAUGAAUUUAGAAGGCGUUCCGAUUCCCGUUUACCCUCUCCCAACAAAACCAUUCCCUGUCCUUCCUCCACCCAAAGUCGGUUCAGGCUUCGCACCCAACAUCAUUCUUGAUCGAAGUGGUACUAAAGUCCGACAUUGGCGCGUCGCGAAACGCGAAAUCCGUGGUAUCGGAGGUGGAAGGUGGUUUGCUCAAGGUUGGGUAGGCGAGAAGGAUUCGGCGUUUGCCAGUCAGGCGGAGGCGCAUCCAGAGCUGAGGAAGUCCAUCGGUGAUUCGCCUUCGCAUGUUGGGCCUUUGAAGAUGUCUUCGGUAUCGGCACCAGUCGCUGUGAGGGGAAAGGGCAAAGGGAAGGGAUCAUCCUUGUCCACUUCCGCUGCUCCGUCAAGGUCAGAGUCACAGGCUCCGGAAGCUGGAAUGGGAGGUAGUAUCAGUGUUCAUGCACCUUCCAAAAUGCGAAUCUCGCAGGUGCCGAUUCCGAUAGGUCCAUCUUCGGAGGCCGGAGAUUCGGAUAUGAUGGGACCCCUAGACUCUUAG